UGGACUGUUAUCGUGAGAAGGGGGGCACAUAUUUCUGAAUGUCUUUCACUUUUGUGUGUAUUUUUAUCAAUAACUCGAUAUCACCAUGAUUAUGAAAUGCUUUUUAUGGCGAAAAACCUCCCGCUGAGGCUCUAUUUUCCCAUUUUCUUGCCAUUUUGCACAGUGUGUGGACGAAAUAAAGGUGCACAAGUAGUUUGAAAAAGGUGGGUGAAAAACUCCUCUUAAGCCAUCAUGAUUGACGAACGUGCCAAGUUUAUAAAUUCCCUCUACCUGAGAAAUCUCAUUGAGGGCAAUUUCCGUGAAAAUGAGGUGAAGAUCAAGGCAUAUUCUGUGGAACAGUCCAGUGAAGUGAUUGCCAGUGAAGGAAGUUUCUUCAUGAAGAGGGUUCUUAUCAAAUACACUUCCAGGAGCACCACUGAUGGCUCCCUGUCGUUCAUUGUCAAGAUCAAUGCCAACCCAAAGGGACGUAAUCCCAAGGACAGGGACGUGUAUGAGGAGAAAAUCCCAUCAAUUUCCAAUCUACUGCUCAAGUGUGCCGGAAAUAUCAAAUUUGUCCCGGACUUGAUUUCCAUCACUCAGGAACCCAGGGAGGUGUUCGUCUUUGAGGACAUCACAGCCAACGGCUAUCACGCAGAGUACAUCAAGUCUGGAUUGAAUUUGGAGCAGAGCAAGAUUUCUCUGCAGAAAUUGGCCUUCUUCCAUGCCGCCUCCGCCGUGGCCAUUGCCAACGAUAAGGAUGCUUUUGACGGAUACACCGUCGGAGCUCUGACGCGCGAUACUGGCAAAUUUUAUCAAGACAUUCUCAAGAAGAUCACUCAUCAAUCGAAUCCACUCCAGAUUGACGGUGUGAUAUUUGAUAAAUUGAAGGCAUUGAACAUGAAAAUUGUCUCGAAAGCCGUUGAGGAUUACACAAGAGUCACACCAUUCCGUGUCCUCAAUCACGGAGAUUUCUGGACCAGGAAUAUCUUCUUUAAAUAUGAAGAUAGCUCACUGGUGGACGCAUUAUUUGUGGGCUUCCAGAGCGCCGUUGUGGGUUCACCACUCAUUGAUUUACUGUAUUUCCUCAACACUUCUGUGGAAUACAAGACUCUGAUAGAGUCACGCGAUCACUUGAUUUACGCUUAUCAUGAGACACUCAAAUUUGUCCUCGAGAAACUCAACUACAAGGGACACAUUCCCACGCUCAAUGAGAUUCAAGUGGACAUCCUGAAGAACUGUGCUCUGGAACUGAUCUAUCUUCUCGCCAUCGCCCCUAUUCUUCGUGCUAACACGAACAUUGUUCUUCCACGUGAUCAGGACACCGAUGUUGCUGUUGUUUCCGAGAAGGAACUUGUGGAAAUCUACACAGGCAUUAAGAAAGACGUCACUACUCUUCUCUACGCCUUCAAUGACAACGGACGCCUCGACUGGGCCUUCUCCGAGGGCAAGAUUAAAGGUUUAAUUGGUAAAUUUCAGAACUAAUCCACCCCUCUUUCGGCCCGCACACAUUCCCUCGGCAUUCCCAAUCGUAAUACUUAUGUGAAGACAGAGAGAUAUGUAACAGAAAUAAAUGAAUGGUG